CGGGACGAUACGUAGCGCGACAGCGUGACGGUGGUGGAUGAAGUAGUGGAUGUGUUGAUGUGUUGAUGUAUCAAGUGUGUAGCAGUAAGGUAGCACGAGUGUUAUGAGUGACUCUGGUAUGCGUGCUGGUUGGGUUGUUGUGGUGUGUUGUGGUAUGAGAAGAAGUGAGGAUGGGGGGGGAGGGGGAGGGGAACUAUAUAGAUAUGCGGGAGGCAUCCAAGUUCCACUUGAGAACCAGAACCCACCCCCCAGUCGCGGACUAAAGAUUGGAAUGACGGCAUUGGUCACAGGAGGCACAGUGAUGGAGGGAGAAGUGCACGCAAAGCAGAGAAGAGUUCCUACAGUAGCGGCGGAUGGCUGCCUGGGGCGGAUGACUCGAGGCACUAACUUGGUGCCGCCUAGCGCCGUGCUAUUCCUUAGCUGCAGGCUGUGCUUCUCUCUCUUUCUCGCUCUUUGGAGGGCCUGCAGACAGUCUGAUUGGCCCAAUCCCUGCUUUCUGCUCCCUUCAGUCGGUCAACUGCUCUUGCUCGCUAUUCCCUUCGCAGUAGUCGGCGUCGAGGAGUCACCACCGAAGAAAGCCUCUUGUGGCUGACCCUCGUAUCUGCGCCUCAUUCCCCUCAUGAGCACAGCAUAAGCCACAUCCUGUGUUACUGUCCAGCUCCUGCUGCCUGUAAUCCCAGGCUGGUUCAUUCUUUGCUAUCCGCAAUCAACCUUGCAUAUAUCGCGAUUUCCAUCGAUCUCAUCGGUUGGUUCUUGAGCCUCGCUGCAGUUCUGGCGACAAGCAGUCCCAUUCGCUCCACAGCCGCUCGCCUCUGCUCG